GUGAUCGAGUUCUAGAAUUUAGACAUGACACAUGACAUUUGUCAUAUGUUUGAUGACAUAAGGAGGAUAUAAGAUAAGUUAUUUCUCAAAAAGUGUCGAUCCAAAUAUCUUCCAAACGAAAAAUAAUAAUAUAAAAAUAACAUUUGACUUGUUCAUAAAAAUGGCGCCUCUUCAUCUGGCUAAAAUGAUUAAUCCUCUGUCAAAAUUGUCUCUGGCUAAUUCCAAAGUAAUUUUAUCUUCAGUAAGACAACACUGGAAUAAAGAUUUCAAACCUGGACCUUAUCCCAAAACAGAAGCUGAGAGAUUAGCUGCUGCUAAAAGAUAUAAUGUGCAUCCGUCAGAAUAUGCCGCAUACCGUGAUGAUGGAACAGGUUAUGGAGAUUAUCCUAGAUUCAAAGCUGAGUCCGGAGACUUCAAAGACCCCAAUUAUCCCUGGGAUUUCCCUGAAUUAAAAAGGAACUUCAAUGAGCCCAUGCAUGUUCAAUUUGAUUUAAUAAGGGAAGAUCGAUAUGAUGUGAAUGCUAGACAUCUCUCGUCUUGUAAAGAACAGUUUCUCCAAUUGAUUGGUGCAUUAUCAUUUUUCUUUGGAAUAAUUUGGAUUGCAGAACAUUUCAAAACUUUCCAACCAUUAGUACCCAAACAAUAUCCUGAAGAAGGAAAGAAACAUUAUACUUUUGAUUGAAUUACUUUGUAGAGCAAGAUUAAUUGUUGCAUAAUACUAUCUCUUGACAUAAAUAUGUUGAAAAUAAUAAAAUCCUACGAAGCAUUAGCUGCCUUGAAAUGAAAAUUUGAAAUUAAAAAGGUAAAAAGCUCUACAAUUUUUCGAUUUGUAAAAAAGAUAUUUUUGUGUUCA